CCAGGCUUCUUUCACUUGUAGGUAAGUUUCUUGCUCUGGACUGGAAAUACAGGCGAUAAAAAGAGUUGCUUCACUUGUCUUGAAGUGCGUUUGGACUUCAUAAUGAAUAAUCAAACCACAGGGAGGACCAUGGUCCCCACCAUUCCGUCCAUUAUGUUCAUUUUCGGGGUGGUUGGAAACCUCAUCGCCAUCGUGGUCCUUUGUAAAUCUCGGAAAGAACAGAAAGAAACUACGUUUUACACGCUGGUGUGUGGGCUGGCGAUCACGGACCUGCUUGGCACGCUGCUGGCCAGUCCGGUCACCAUCGCCAUUUAUGUGAAAGGCGAGUGGCCCGGAGAGGACCCGCUGUGCCAGUACUUUGGAUUCACCAUGCUUUUCUUCUCGCUGGCAGGGCUCAGCAUCAUAUGUGCCAUGUCGGUAGAGAGAUACAUUGCUAUAAACCAUGCCUAUUUCUACAACGACUACGUGGACCAAAAACUGGCGGGACUGACUCUAGUAGCGAUCUACAUCUCAAAUGCUUUUUUCUGCGCCCUGCCAAUUAUGGGCUUUGGGCAGGUGAAGAAACAGUACCCACAAACGUGGUGUUUUUUAGAGUGGAGGAGCAACAAGACCAGCGAUGCCGCCUACUCCUACAUGUAUGCUGGUUUCAGCUCUCUUCUUAUUCUCGCCACUGUCAUCUGUAAUGUGUUGGUGUGUGUGGCUUUGAUCCGGAUGCAUCGACGCUUUGUGCGUAGGAUGUCGCUUGGCACCGAUGUGGGACGCAGCGUGGACCCGCGAAGAAGAGCACGCAGCUUUGGUCGUCUGGCUGGUGCAGAGAUUCAGAUGGUUAUUCUACUCAUAGGCACAUCGGUAGUAGUCCUCAUCUGCUCUAUACCACUUGUUGCUCAGGUGUUUUUAAACCAGCUUUAUAAGACUCCAGUGGAGGUGCGGCUGGACAAAAACCCUGAUCUACGGGCAAUACGUUUUGCCUCUUUUAACCCCAUCUUUGACCCCUGGAUCUACAUCCUGCUCCGCAAGGCUGUUCUCAUCAAGCUCAUUGAGAAAAUCAAGUGCCUGUUCUGUAAAAUGGGAGCAAGGAGGCAACAGAGACAGGGAAACUUCCCCUGUAUUGAUGCCUAUCAGCUCUCCUCUGUGAUCUCUAACUCCUUGGUGUCUAGUGACCAACGAGAUAGCAACAGCACCUGUCAAACCUUCCUCUACUAUAAAGAUAAAACUGAGAUGUGCACUGAAAAAUGUCCUAGGUCAAACAAACUCUCUGCUUCACAACCACCUUCAGCAAGAAAUUCACAAGCUUCUUACUCAUCCCAAGAGGGCAGCGCUGAGGAUCAGACCAGAGACGAGACAAAUGCAAUCACAGAUCAUCCAUCAUCUCCAUGCCCUAAAGAUCCAGCACUUCAGGUCACGCUGAACACCGAGACAGUAAAGGAGAAAUGCAUCUGACCCAACCAGAGAAAUACUGUUUUAUUUCUCUACAACAGACCUUUUGAAGAACUCAAAAAUGGAAGUAACACAUAAAUAAUAAGUAACUCUUCUAUCCAGUAGAGCCCAUGCAGUGGGAAAGAGAUAAGUGCUGUGAGUGAUAUCGUCCCGUUGUUUGUUUCAGCACCCAGCAACCUCUGUGAUGACUGACUGUGUGAGCAGAUUUUGCCAUUUUGCCUAAGAAAGAUGUUAUGGUAAAUGGUCUGUAUUUGU